AACUAGAGUCAGCAGCAGAUACUUUGCGACCAGUGAGUAGCCGUGUCGGCACUGAUGCCGUCUUGAAGGUCUGUAAGAUACAGUCCAGGCUCAUUAUUCCAUGCCCACGUAUCCGACAUCAGCAUCUCCGAAACGCCACGCUUUGUGAUUUUGACUUUUGCAGACGGGCCAUUACUAUCCACUUGGCCUAUCAAUGACUGAGAUAGAUCCUUCGCCUCAGCAUGGAUCGCCGAGUAGUGGUCGACACAAGUACCACUUUCAAGCGCCUCGAGGAUGGAUGAAUGACCCUUGUGCUCCGGGACAUGACUCCAAGACUGGGUUAUAUCACCUUUUCUAUCAAUGGAAUCCCCACUCGCCUUUCUGGGAUAACAUCUGUUGGGGUCACGCAACAAGUAGAGAUCUUGUUAACUGGACGCAUUCGUGCGAAGAGCCCGUCCUCUCCCCUGAUCAAGGAUACGACCAAAAAGGUAUCUUCACGGGCUGUUUCCAUCCCUCUGGCCCUGACGGAGAAACUGAUACGCUCUCGGUGUUCUAUACCAAUGUCAAUCACCUUCCUAUCGCAUGGGAUCAACCGUAUACGCGAGGAUGCGAGGGUGUGGCCAUGGCAACUUCGGUAGACGGAGGGAAGACAUGGCACAAAUAUUCCAAGAACCCCUGCGUCAAAGAGGAGCCGUCAUCUAUCGAUGUGACUGGGUUUCGUGACCCUUUCGUGGCGCCGUGGCCUGCAUUAGAUGCAAAACGGGGUUCGAGCGGGAGCCUGUACGCUCUCAUGUCCGGUGGUAUACAAAAUGCUGGUCCCAGGGUGUUCCUGUACGAAUUGGACCCCCAACACCCGUCCAGAUGGACGUACCUGUAUCCUUUGACCGUUGAUGUACCUUCAAACGCUGGUUCAAAUACCCGUUGGAGCAAAGACCUUGGUGUCAAUUGGGAAUGUGCCAGCUUUGCCACGGUGCGGUCCCUGGACCGCACAAUAUCGCGAGAAGUACUCAUGGGUGGCUCAGAGGGCGUCGAGGAGGAAUUGGACGCCGCAUACUACGUGGAGAGACCGUCUGCACCGAAGCAUACACCUCGUUCAGCUUUCUGGACCAUGGGUUCUCUGAAUGACGAGGGGAGGUUGUCCCUCCCAGUCGUCGGCAAUUUGGAUUGGGGAUCGUUCUACGCUGCCGCCAAAUUCGAUGCAAGAGAUGGACGCCAGUUGCUGAUUGGAUGGAUCAUUGAAGAAGAUUUGAGCAAAGACGCUCUUCAGGCCAAAGGCUGGACUGGGUGCCUCUCCAUACCCCGAGAAGUGUUCAUACAGAAGAUCGACAAUGUUAUAGGGGGAUUGCGAACGGCUCUCAGGGAGAUCACUUCUGUCGAGGUGGUCGAGGACGAACGAUGCGUCCUGACCGUUGGUUACCGGCCAGUCCAGGAGCUCGAGACGUUGCGUCGGUCACCCAUCCUGGAAAAGUCGUCUAUCACAAUGGGAGAGUCUCGUCACCGGCUUCUCGAUAAGGCGUCAUUGUCCUGUGAGGCCGUUCUCGAUUUGCAGCUCUCCAAAGACACGCAAAUGGUGUCAUUUAUCAUUCGGGAGGAGUCUGAAGCACAAUACGAGACUGUCAUCGCAUUUGACUGCAUCAAUGAGUGCCUACUAGUGGAUAGAUCAAGGUCUACGACACGAGAUGACAUCAACACGGUCACUGAACGCGCACCUUUCACUCUCUUCCGCACAGAAACCGAUGGCCGUGAGCGCAUAGAGCCACUCCGAUUGCGACUGUUCCUCGAUCAUGAUGUCGUUGAAAUCUUUGCCAAUGACAGGUGUGCCAUCUCAACCCGAGUGUAUAGCCCCAGGAGUGCUACAGGGAUGUCCUUACAGGUCACUGGAGGUGGGGAGCUGCAACGUCUAGUCGUAUGGGAGCUGUAGUACAUUACGUUAUUUAUUAAUAGAAUCAGUGCCACAUAAAUGACACUCAACGGAAGCAAAAUUCCC